GCGUUUUUAUCAAAUACUUAAGAUGGGACGUCUUGCUCUCUACCGACCGAUUUUGUAUCCGAUUGGUUUGACAGUGGUAAAGGUAACUUGACUUUUGAAAAUUCCUCUGUGAUCGGAUGGGAUUUGACGGCGUACAGUGACCAAAUUUCUUCAUGGACAUGCCAGGAUAACAGAGACGGGCUGUAUUUAUUCAAGGGAGACAAUUUUCUGGACACAAUUAGUGGAUACAAAAAUGCUCUGAUAUGCGUGGAUGUGAAAAAACUGACGUCAUAUUCAUAUCAGUAUUACGUAAAAGCAGACACUGACUCCAACGCUAACAACAUGCGUGUGUACGUGGAGACCCACAAUUCCUCAGUGAUGACGUGGAACACCUCUGACUACUGUACGCCUACAUCUGCUCCUGGAAUUGAGGAAUACCACGUCAUUGUUAGAAAGGGAUAUGAAAAUUCCGUGAAACAGUGGUGUCCCAUCCCGUUGCUGGGAACGUUUACGUAUACCCACAAUGACGGAUCUACCACUACCUGUAGCAGCAAUUCUGGUCUGUCGGUCUGUCCAAGCUGGACCACGAUGACUUUUGACUACACCAAGUGUUCGACAGUGCAAUCAUUCUCAAAUGAAGGACAGGUUGAUUGCAUACACAGUACUACUGAUGGUACGAACUUUUACACAACAGUACUUAACCCAGGAGUUGUGGAUAACACCAAUUAUUACAGAUUUACCUGCUAUGCUAUAUCCCAAUCUGGAAACUCUGUGUACCUGAGUGAUAGCCGUGGAAUGUGUGAAGCAGGCCAGACGUCGACCGUCAAACAAAAUGAUGGCAGCGGCACGCUAACUCUAACGGCAACGGGUAUCUAG